AUGUCAGAAUUACCAGUUGUUGCAUAUUCAAAACGGCUAGAGAAGUACUUGAAUGAAUACAAUAUACAAAAUUUUUGUCAUUCUGAAUUUAGCGAUCGCAAAGUAAUUGGACAAGGAGGAUUUGCGGUUGUGUACUCAGCCAUUUUCCAAGGAACAAAGUAUGCAUUAAAAAGUCUAAAUAAUAAUAUAGUUUUGGAUAAUAAAGCGUUCAAACAAAUUAGAAACGAGAUUAAAAGUCUUUAUAGCGAUAAGAUUAAUCAUCCUAAUGUAAUCAAGUUAUAUGGGUUCUCUAGAGAUCCAUCAACAGAUAAUUUCAUGUUAAUUUUGCAGUAUGCGAAUGGUGGCGAUCUACGGAAACAUUUAAAAGAAAAACAAAAAGAAAGCAUCUAUAAAAUUUCAUGGCCUGAACUCAUUAAAAUUGCUAAAGAAAUCACUUCAGGGUUAGAACAUUUACACACCAAUGGCAUCAUUCAUCGGGAUCUAGCGAUCUUAAAAGAUGAAAGAGAGAAGAUAAUUCCCGGUACGCCUUCAGAUUAUGCAAAUCUUUACAAAAAAUGUUGGUCAUCUAAUCCAGACCAACGUCCAGUUUUAAAUGAAAUAUUGACAGAACUUGAAAUACUAUCAAAUUUAUCUAUUAUAUUUAUGAUAAAUAACAUUGAUGUCGAAGAUCAAUAUUUAUCUAAAGAUUCGGUUUUUUCCAAUUAUACAAAUACAAAUUAUGACUCAUCAAAUAAUUCAUCUAUAAACCGUUCUAAUAAGAACCCGAACGAUGAUAAGCAACCUACCUCUAUGAAUAAAAUAACCAAAAAUUCUUCAUCUUGCAAGUUUUGUAGAGAAAAAAAGGUUAGAUGCGUCUAUUUAAACGGUGGUCGAUGCAAGCGGUGCAUUAAUCAUAACCGCGAAUGUAUAUCCGAUCCACAAAAAAAAAGGGGUCCUAAAGUCCCCCCAAAAGCAGCUGGAUCGAGUACACUAUAUAGAACUAAUUUAAAUUUUGAAAACCUUUCAAACAAUGAAGGAACUAUAUUUAGUGGAAAUUCUAUUGGAAGCUCUCUAGCAACCAACGAUCAAAGCAGUUUAGGAAUAAGUAAUGUGCAAAUAUCAUAUAGUUUAGUUCAAUCAAAUCCGUCAAAUAGCGACCCAAUAUCAGUAAAUUCAACUCAAGAAACUUUGCCAAGCAGGAAUUUUUCAGCUAUAAAUAACGGACAAAUGUUAUCCCCAGUAAUAGACAACAGGCAAAAUUUCCUUAGAACUCGGUCACCUGGGACCAGUAGACAACCUUCACCAAUUCGUGAGAACCGACAAAGGAGAAGAGAAGACAGAAACCAUGAACUUGGAGUUGGCUUGCACGGAAAUAUUUCUAAUCCAAAUUCUUCACGCUCACCAAACCCAAUUUGGUUGGUUUCAUUGUAUUCAGAUAAUAGGCAACAAAAUUUGCCAAUUUCAGAAAUAACUCUUCGGAAUUUUGCAGAUUUAAAAGCAAUGUCAAUGCCAUUAGCAUGA